GAGUGAAGGGUGGCAUGCGCUGACGUCACAUUUGUAUGUACGUCUUGGGCAUCCACGUUGGGGAACGUGCGCGCAGCUGAGUUUUCUGUAUUCGACAGGAAAAGAUGGCAGCGUCCAUGUGCCGAGUCGGGAGCUCUGUGGGUCGAGCCCUCGCCAAAUGCCGUAGCCCCAUCCUGCUGUCUCUGCGGCGUGGUCAGGCUACGGUGACCUACGCCCAGAGCCUUCUGGGUGCUCCUGAGACCCGUCUCACUGCCCUGGACAAUGGCCUGAGGAUCGCAUCGGAAGAGACCGGACACAGCACAUGCACUGUUGGGCUGUGGAUCGGCUGUGGAAGUCGCUAUGAGACUGAGAAGAACAAUGGAGCUGGGUUCUUCCUGGAGCACAUGGCUUUCAAGGGGACAAAAAAGCACACCCAGAUGGCCCUGGAGCAGCAGGUGGAGUCCAUGGGUGCUCACCUGAGUGCAUACACUUCCCGGGAGCACACUGCCUACUACAUGAAGACCCUGGCCAAAGAUCUGCCCAAAGCGGUGGAGCUGUUGUCAGAGGUAGUGCAGAGCAAUGUCCUGAGCGAGGCUGACAUUGAGCAGCAGAGGAGUGUGGUGCUGAGAGAGCUGGAGGAGGUAGAGGGCAGUCUACAGGAAGUCUGUUUGGACCUGCUGCACGCCACAGCUUUUCAGGGUACCCCCCUGGGACACAGUGUGCUGGGACCGUCCCAAAACGCCAGGACUUUGAGUCGACAGGAUCUGGUAGAUUUCAUCAGGAGCCACUACAAGGCCCCCCGCAUGGUGCUAGCAGCUGCUGGAGGUGUGACUCAUGAGGAACUGGUUGGGUUGGCCAAACAGCACUUUAGCGGAGUUUCCUUUGAGUACGAGGAUGAUGCCGUGCCUGUUCUGUCCCCCUGCCGCUUCUCUGGCAGCGAGAUCCGCAUGCGUGAUGAUGAUAUCCCCCUUGCACAUAUUGCUAUCGCAGUGGAGGGUGCCAGUGCCACCAGCCCAGACAUUGUGCCUCUCAUGGUGGCCAACUCCAUCAUUGGCAGCUAUGACAUCACUUUUGGUGGUGGAAAGCACCUGAGCAGCCGCCUUGCUCGUCUGGCCUCAGAGGAGAGUCUGUGCCACAGCUUUCAGGCCUUCCACUCAUCUUACAGCGAUACUGGUCUGCUUGGCAUCUACUUUGUCACUGACAAACACCACAUCGAUGACAUGAUGCACUGGUCACAGAACGCAUGGAUGAACUUGUGCACCACAGUGACAGAGAGUGAUGUUGCCAGAGCCAAGAACGCCCUCAAGGCCAGCUUGGUGGGACAGCUCGACGGAACGACACCGAUAUGUGAUGACAUUGGCAGGCACGUCCUGAACUACGGCCGCCGUAUCCCCCUGGCUGAGUGGGACGCCCGCAUCGAUGCUGUGACGCCCAGGAUGGUGCGCGACGUCUGCUCCAAAUAUAUCUAUGACAAGUGUCCCGCUGUGUCUGCUGUUGGCCCCGUUGAGCAGCUGCCUGACUACAACAGAAUGCGCAGUGCCAUGUACUGGCUCCGCUUCUAAGAACCCAAUAGUGUUGCUCUCUGCGUGUCCAAUGUCUGCUCUUCCUUUCACUCUCCUCGACUCCCUUACUUCUCCCAUCACUGCAAGAUUGAGGAACUGAGGACUGCCUCAGCUCAUCAGCACAGAUCUGUAUCGGCUCCAUCAAAGUUCCCCCUCCAUCUCUCGCUCUCACCACUCUAUUCCUGCUAUGUUAGUUUUAGUUGGUUAUGAGGGAGAGAACCACUUGAGGGGGUGAAUAAGUUCUGAGUGUUCUGUUUCCCUAUAAUUAUCAAUAAUUACUUAUCAAGAAAGACUGUCAUACAGAAGAUUUUUGUUAAUGUCACUGAGCCUUUUCAUGCACCUGGUACUGUUCUGGGGAAGAUAGGGGAACACCUGAAGACAUUCAGUGAUACAUACAUAUACAGUAAAAACGGCACUGUACAACCAGUUAAUGUAGAGCAGAAGUAUUUAUGAAUUGAUGUAGUAUUUUGUUUCUGUCCUAUUGUACAUAACAGAAGCUCUCAUUCCGAAAAAUUGAAAUAAAACAUUGUAAAACA